AUGAAUCUUCGAACUGACCUGUUACUCAUAGUAGAUGGAUUGGUAGGUUCAUGUCUUCCCGAACCUUUAGUAAAGGCUAUGGAUGAUGAAAUAAACAGGAUAUUCGCAUCACAACCUGUGAGCUUGGAAAGUAUUGGUCGGCUGGUGAACAAGUAUAAAAGCAGGUCUGUACCAUCGCCUGAUAGUCAAUCCCGGUGGCAAAAGCUGGAGAGCUUGUUACAGCUGGUAGCAACAUCACCAAACCAAGAAGAAGCUCUGACUUAUCUACGCCUGGCAAGAACGAUGAUGACAGCGUCAUCCCAACAGCUUCAACCGGUUUUAUUACCCCACAAAAGUAGUGGACUUCUGCUCAAUAGUAAUACUUUGGAAGACCACGAUAACAUGAUGACUCCCGUAAGGGACCCAAACUACUCCCCCGGAUAUGCAGAGUCCUUCGAAAAUAUUGAUCGAUACUCAGACAGACGGUCAAUGAUAUCAUCAAAUUAUGGUCGCAUGCAUUCGGACCGCACCACAACCCUUUCAAACCUCUCAGACCCAUAUUUCAGCAAUUUAGCCAAAGAACAUGACAUGCUGAAAUCCAUGUUUUACACGCUCCUGGCAACGACCUCUAGUUUGUUCACCUUGGACAAUUCUGGCAUACACAUCCCAGAGAAUGUACUGAAUGGAGAAAGUGGGAUGCUCCGCGUCCUUUUCGAAGCUGGUCUUCUUUAUAACUUUCUCGAAAAGCAGGUUCAAGCUCACAAAAAUAAUUUUCAAGCAUUAUCACCUCUCAAAACUGCAUUACUCACAUGGGUAGACCAAAAGCUGCACGACUACAUGGUUGCGGUGAACAAUAUGUCCAACAAGUCUCACAUUAACUCGCUCAAGGGUCUUUACGUUGAGAUCGAGGACUGGAUCAUGGAGCUUCGUAUUUACCAUAGCCUUUUGGUACAAAUGCAGGAGUUGAGAGGUGACAGCUUACUUUCGCAUGUAUAUGACUUGAGAAAUCACGGCAACCCUAUGGUCAAACGUGUGGCGGAGUCCUUGUACAGCUCACUUGCGCUCUUGUAUUAUGAUUAUCUUACCAAUUGGUUACUUGCCGGUCAAGCAGACUCACAUCAGGAGUUCUUUGUGGAGCAGCUUCAACCCAUAGAACGAAACCAAAUUCUUUUCAAAUUAGACGUGGAUAGAAUACCGACCUUCAUUCCUGUGGCCACUGCAGAUGAAAUUUUUGUGAUUGGUAAAACAUUUUUGUUUUUGGAAAAGGAAUGCUCAGAGUUCCAAUGGGUGAAUGCCUGCAACCAGAAAUACACUCAAAUAUACCAAGCACUCAGGACCGGUGCCAUCUCCACUCAAUUUUGCAGUGCGGUAACUUCUCACUACACAGAGGUCACUGCAUACUGUAGGAAAGUUUUGGAUACAAAGUACCAGUUUCCUGAUGUUUUGCGCAUGCUGAAAGAUGUGCUCUUGAUGGGAAAGGGAGACUUUGUGGAACGAAUGAUCAGCAACUCUGCCGAGUUUCUCCAGGAAUCGUCCUCAACGUUACCUGGCUUCAAGCUUACCCGAUGUCUGCAAGAUUCAAUCAAGCAAUGUUCCUUAAAGUUCAUGCUAGGGACUGCCCGAUCGAGAGAAUUAGUCGAUGGCAUAGACGCCAGGGUUUUGGAGCUUGGACAUGGCUCCGUUGGAUGGGACGUUUUCACUCUAGAUUAUCUGGCUCAAAAACCUCUCUUGACCGUUUUCGAAUCUAGCCGCAGUGGCGGACGAAAAGAAUACUUACGAAUGUUCAAUUUCUUAUGGAGGAUCAAAAAAAAUAACUACUUUCUUCAAGAGCAAUGGUCAAGAAAUAAUACACUGUUACGAGAUUUCAGGCGGCUGGGCCAAGGAAAACCAUUUGUCAGGGACGUUAUGCGGAAAAUCUCCAAGGUCAAUGUGCUGAAAUUUAAUGUUCAGCAUUUGAAUCGUAAAAUAGAGAACUUUUGUCUGCUGUCAAUCGUAGAGAAAAACUAUACCAAACUACACUCUAAAAUACGCACUGAUAAUGCAUCAUCGGGCACCCUGAGGACGACAUACACCAAAGGUGGCAUUAAAGUUGCAGAAGGGAUUUUGAAACCCAGGGAUUCAUUUUUAAAACAGGCUGGUUUUGAAUUUGGUACCGGUUCUCGCAGUUUCUCCCAUACCUUAGAUGAUUUGCGAGAUAUUCACGAUGAAUAUUUACACAAUAUCGUGAGUCACAAAAUUCUGGACUCUGCUUCAGCGGAUAGUAAAAGAGGCGCUUAUUCAAAUCAGUUUUACCCUUCCUCACUAAUAAUAUUGCUUACUGACGUCUUCGAGUUCACUUCACAGUACUCGGAGUUCAACGACAUAAUUCACGACCUUUUACUACGUCUGAGUUUACACAGCAAUGGUGAGGUAUCCAAGCUUCUGGGCAGGUUAAACAAACUCCUAAGUAAGAUUGUCGCUCAUUACAAGUGGACACAGAAAACUUCAUAUUAUUUCAUCAAGGACUUGAAAUCAGAUGGCAAUACGGAGUUAUUAAACCUAAGUAAAAUUUUAAGAUAG